GAGAGAGAGGGGCUAUUUUGAAAGUGACCCCCUCAUUCAGGCAGCGACUGUGCAGCUGUCCGGAACCAUGACUGAAGAUGACGGAUUCUGUUGUCGUGGAGGGAUAUGCCAGACUCAGAGAUGGGAAAAAGUGGAGAACCAGGUGGCUCGUCCUUCGCAAGCCGUCUCCCGUAGCAGACUGUCUCGUGCUGCUGGUUUUUAAGGACAAGGCGGACAGGGCGCAGGGCAACAGGGAGCGGGCCAGUGUCACCUUGGAGGAGAUCUGCGGCGUGGAGGCGGGGCCGUGGCAUGACGGCGUGGCGUUCACCCUGGCCGUGCUGUGCCUGAACCAGGCCGCCCUGCUGGGCUUCGACGGCAAGGAGGCCCUGCAGGCGUGGGACGCCCGCCUGCGGUACAGCCUCGGCGAAGUUCACAGAUUCAGUGUCGGGGUCUUGCCAGGGACCAAGUUGGAGAGCGGACCCGCGACUCUUCACCUGUGCAAUAACUUGCUGACUCUGGCCAGGGACGUCCCUCCGGUGAUCAUCGGCCACUGGAACCUCCCGGACCUCCGCCGAUAUGGGCCUGUAGCCAAUGGAUUUGUGUUCGAGGGCGGAUCAAGAUGUGGUUACUGGGCCGGGGUCUUCUUGCUGGCGUCUGCCGAGAGCGAGCAGAUCAGCUUCCUGUUCGACUGCAUCGUGCGAGGCAUCUCCCCCACCAGGGGCCCCUUUGGACUGCGCCCCGUCCUGCCAGACCCCAGUGGCAGCCGGACCCAUUCGGAGGAGCGGUUGAACCACGAGGCCCAGGAGCUGGAGAAACGCCUGAGCAUGCUCUCUCACCGGAGCAGCACGGCCUCGUCCUCGUACUGCCCGUCGGCCGGCGGAGACGACCGCAGCAUCUCCGGCUCCUCCGACGCGUCCGACACCAGCCAAUCCGACGGCAGCGUUGGCAGCCGAGCGGCCGUUUGGAGCGAGCCGGCCUCCAGCCCCUCCGACGGCGGCCACCGCCACGCGGCGGCUAAAUCGGCCUCGCUGACCGUCGAGAAGCUCUCCGUCAACCAGGGCGGCGCCGAGCGGCCCGCGGCCAAGCCCCCCCCCCGUCAGCUGCAGGAGAUCGGCCGCCAGAGCUCCUCCGACAGCGGCAUCGCCACCGCCAGCCAUUCCUCUUACUCCGGGAGCUUCUCCUCGUGCGCCGGCAGCCUGGACACGGCCCCCGGCGGGGAGGACUUCGGCUCCGCUCUCAGCCUGCCUCCCCGCCUGGCUCACGACCUGAGCCCUUGCACUUGCGCCGCCGCGCCGCGCCACGAGUACCGAGUGCCGACAUCGCUUCGGUACCUCUACGACAGCCCCAGGGGUGUGUUGCGGGAGGGGAGCGGCGAGGCCCCAGACGGCUCGACGGGGGACCCGGCGCAGGAGGGCGGCGAACGCAGCGACUCGGAGACCGCCGAGAGGCCGGGGGAACACUUGCACAUCCCCCCCCCGGGGGAGGGGAGGAGAGGCGGGUCGGGGCCCGGCCAACAGCAAGAGUCGUGUCACACCUGCAAAACCAUUGUGACGAUCUGCUCGGCUUGUGGUGGAUUUAAGACCCAAUGCAUCCCUGCGAGUGGUUCAGCGAUACCUGUCAUACCAGCAGAUCAAAGUGCUGACAAAUCGCCACGCAGACCCUGCGGCGCCGCCACUAAACACUAUAUCGCGCCGGGGAACAUGCCGGAGGAGGCGCCUGGGUCCGAGGACGCCCAGAAGCCGACAGUGGGGAGGAGCGCAGAGUCGCCGCUGCCAGAGAGGGGAAGAGAUGAAUUAUCCGCUCUCCUCGCCGAUCUGCUCGGCGUCCCGGAUGCACACAGGCAGCCGGAGGCGACGACUGGCAGGCGGAACCUUUAUGAGUCAAUGAGCCCCGGUGCGGGAAAUGAGCCGAGGUCGGCGCCGCCCGGCGCCCGCACGCCCGCGCCUCAGGACGCCCCCGGAGGAGCCGCCGCCAUCUACGAAAACUGUUCAAAGUGCCGAGGGGAGCGCUGCCGCCCUCCGCCUCCGGGACCCUCCCCGACGGGGGGGUCGAGGCCCGCGGCGAGCCGAGAAGGCCAAGCGGCCGCCGGCGAAGACAAGAGGCUUAAUGGCAAAGGGGAAAGACGCAGAGCCGAUCCCGCCUAUGAGAUCAUGGAGAGUCGGCCGCUGGAGAGGAACUCGGAGGCGGAAGAAAAAAGCAAGUACGAGCUAAUGGGCAGCUGUGGGCAGAAGAGGCUCCUCCAGGAGGAUCAAGCGGCGGCGGCGGCGUCCGUCCUCCCCCCCCCCCCGGAGGCAGCGCUCCCCGAAAGGCCUCGCGGCGAAGGCGUGACGUACGUGAACAUCCCCGUCAGCCCCACGUCCAAGAAGCAGCUCAACUACAUGGAGCUGGAGCUGCAGGAGCCGGGCCCCGGCCCCCGGGGGAGCGCGGCGCACCCCCCCCCUCAGCGGAGGAGCUCCACGAAGUACGCGCAGAUUGACAUCACCGCCACGGAGACGGCCCACAAGGUGGGCGCGCAGCACGCCCUGGGGCGCCAGGAGGGCCUGCACGCCCUGGAGCAGAGGCGCAAGGGGACGCCGCAUUGAUUCCUCGGCCACUGGACUGUUAAAUCUCUCAGCAGGGUGUGCGUUUGGCCCGAGGACAGCGUGCCACAUGGCAGCCAUCUCUCUGAGAAGGUGUUUUUAUUUUUUUUAUUUUUUUUAGUUGAGACUGUUCCGAAAGAUCCUCUGCUGCAGGUUGCACCAGCUGGUCUUUGCUAAGCCUGGUCCUAACCGACCAGUCUGCCUUUAUUCUGACCAGUCUGUAGAAUGAACCCAUAUGAAUACAGUUUUAAGUGGUUUUCGUCUUAUUCAGAUGCAGAUAUAAUCGUUUUUUUUAUUUAUUUUUUAUGAGCUCCUGACUAAGCGUAAGAUUUAAGCGAGACGAAGGCUUUAGGCUUGGAUGGAGCGACCGGCAUUCCUCUUCUCCUCCCCGGGUCUACACCGCGUGGUCGGCGUGGACUUUCAGCAGCUUCUCGAAAGCUGCCGGUUAGACGCCGUAACCUCAAAGCAACUUAAAGAUGGAGCAGAGGAUUUGGACCAACGUUUCAAACUGUUCUCUUCUAGUGGAUUUGGGCAUCUCAUUAAACGGCAUUAUGUCAGUGGCAGAGCCUCAGGCCAACUUGGAGGAAAAUAAGCGAGUCCUGAGCUGAGUCACCGAGCAAAAUGAGACGCCAACCAACCCCCCCCCCCCCCACAGCUCACUCGGCUAAUCUCUAAUAACAUGCAAUAUGCUUCAUUUUUUUUUCUCUUUGGGAGAACGAGGCAGGUUGGCAGCAGGAGAUGAAGCGGAGAAAGUGUUCUCACAGGGAGUUCAUGUCCUCAGUGACAGCCGAAAUCCUUAAUUCUACAUUAGAAGUGUGUUGAUGUUGGUGUUGGGAUGUUGGGAUAUGGUUCAUCCAGUCUUACCCAGAAAUAACAUUUCGCACUGUUGAAACAGUUUCUGUUAAAUGCAGGAUAAGAAAUGCUUCUGCGUAAUUCUUCCAUCUUGUGCACGGUGACGUUUAGCCCCGGGUGUAGCUAAUGGAUUGGUAUUCCUGAUGAGCAUAAUCUCUAUAUUACUAAUGCAAAGCUGAGAGGAUGUCAUAAUCAACUGAUAUUCUUCAUUUAAGCAAUAAGGUACGAGCAAUGCUACCAGCGAAAUUGAAAUAGUAAGUAAAUAGUGGCCACCAAAUGUGUAUCUCAUUUCAGUAGUCUGGAGAAAAAAUAGUCUCCAUACGUGCAUGUAAACAGCAUUGGGUCUCACCCGGGUGACUCACUCGCAACCAAUCAGAACGCUGGAUUUUAUCUACCCGUAUUAUAAUAAUCUGUAACAAAUGUAUCCCAGAUUUCCCUGCCUGACACUCAUGGUCCUGGUUUGUGAAAUGACGUAUUUAAAGUUUUUGAAGUUUUCUUUUUCUACUGGUUAAAUGCGUUCCCUUAUUCCUGUUGGGUGAAGCAUUUUUACUGAAACUAAAAUGGGUAUUUAGUAAUGUUUUGAACAACUAUUUUAGUAGCACAUUUUAUCCAUGUAUUGUUUUGGUCACUAUGAUUACACUAUAUUUUCAUAUCUGUAAAUACAUGUUCUUUCUUUUUAGAUCUGGAUUGUUAUACACAUGUAAAUCCAUUAUGUAUGUACAGAGAUGGGAGGAGUUCAAUGAUUGCCAUUUUUCUUGUAAAUUAUAUAUAACAUGAUUACAUAAUUA